GUCAAGAUGAAUAAGAAAACUCGCAAGGGUUUGGUCUUUGUUGCCACUCUAACUGUUAUUGUCAGCGUUUUGAUCAUGUAUGACUAUUUUACGCAACCAAAGAGCAAGCGCAUCAGGGAGCAAGGGUACCGCCACGACUAUAAGGACAUAACACCCAGUCCUUGAAAUUUGGCUGGAAGUCUCCAGACAAUGUGCGAGAAUUAUGCGG